CCUGUUCUUGUGCUUUUCCAGUGGGGCCUGGUGUGUUCUCUGCGUCCUCUCAAACAGAUGAUUCAGACUAUUUAUAUGGGCGGAGUUCUAACAGGAGCCAUCAUUUAUGGGGGGUUGUCGGACAGGUUUGGGAGGAAGUCUGUCCUUAUUUGGUCGUACCUACAAUUGGGUGUUCUUGGCUGUAGCUCUGCCCUCUCACCCUCAUACUCCGCCUACUGUGUUUUUAGAUUUCUAAGUGGAAUGGCCGUGUCUGGAAUCAUCCUCAAUGGAGUCUCUCUAAGUACCUUUAAUUCACCUGUUCAGCUGUUUUCCAGAUCUUCCUGUCUUGUUCAAUGUCUCUGUUUGUCGCCAGAGGUGGAGUGGAUUCCGACCAAAUCGAGGACACUCGUGGGAACACUCACCUCCUUCUUCUUUACCUUUGGACAAAUGCUCUUGGCAGGGGUUGCUUAUUGGCUGAGAGACUGGAGGAAGCUUCAGGUUUUUGUCUGUGCUCCUCAUUUCCUCUUUUUUACCUACAGCUGGUGGUAUUCUGAGUCAGCUCGCUGGUUGGUGCUGAAUCGUCAGUCGGAAGACGCUCUAAAAAGUCUUCACAGAGUCGCUCGGAUUAAUGGCAGGCCGGAGGUCGUGGACAAGCUGACUCUAGAGGUUCUCCACUCUCACAUGGGGAAAGAGAUAGAGUCCAGUCGUUCAUCAUUCACAGCUUUUGACCUGCUAAGGACCAGAAGAAUGAGACGCAUCUCUGCCUGUCUGAUAGCUGUCUGGUUCUCCACCAGUUUUGCAUAUUACGGUUUGGCAAUGGAUCUACAGAAAUUUGGAGUGAAUAUUUAUCUGAUGCAAAUCAUCUUUGGAGCUGUUGAUAUUCCUGCAAAGUUUUUAGCUCUGGGCAUGCUCAGCUACUUGGGAAGGCGGGUUUCUCAGGUGUCCUGUCUUUUCCUGUCAGCUGUCAUCAUCUUUGCCAACAUCUUUGUCCCUUCAGACGUACAGACCCUCAGGACCACGCUGGCCUGUCUGGGUAAAGCCUUUACCUCUGCCUCCUUCACCACCGUUUACUUGUACACUGGAGAGCUCUACCCCACUGUGAUUAGGCAGACUGGAAUGGGCUUUGUUUCCACAAUGGCGAGAGUGGGCAGCAUGGCAGCCCCUGCAGUCCUGAUUCUGGAUGAGGUGCUUCCUGCUCUACCCAGCAUGGUCUAUGGGGGUGCUGCAGUGCUAGCCAGCGGCUUUGCCUGCUUCCUUCCAGAGACGCUGAACAGGCCGCUGCCUGACACCAUCGAGGACGUGGAGGAGAGAAGGUCUGGAAGAAGCUCCUCCCAAAUGAAAGAGACCGUGUCACUGAAGGAGGAUGUGAACUCUUCUGAUGAUGUGAUGCCAUGUGGUGGUGUUGUCACUAAAAAAGGCAAUGUCGCUUUCAAAGACAGAAAGGACAGAGAAGGAAGUGGCCUCAAUGCACUGUGAACAAUCAACGGUGACCGCUAACAUCCAAUCAAGCCAGUGGUGCUGGCCCUUCAGGACAAACAAACGUUUUAAAAACGGAGAAUCGUGUGAUUGAUGGCAAAUGAAUCUAAAGAUGAUGAAUCAUUAAUUGUUCUUAAUGAAGAAUCAACCAAAUAAAAAGCACAAUGUCAUGGUUAACGUAACAGUUCGUAAUCAAUAAAAGUGUUCAUGAACAGUGA